AUGGGUCGGUUUGCUCGGAAAAACGAACCAAGCUCAUUUUAUUUGGAUCUUGUCGAGGCGACUCGAAAGCGCGAAGCUGAAGAGCGCCGCCGCUACUGGGCUGCCAAGCGUCAAAAACAACUCCGAGAGAAUCCUGGGUACGGCCGUGGCAAGAUAUUUCUCAGCAAUGGCGAUUGUUACGCGAAAAAAUUUGCUUCGAAUCGACCCACGCCGCAUGUAGCCGUCUCCGACCUCUCCGACUCUGAAGAAAAGAUGGACAUGGACGAAUAUGAGUCCGAGAAUGAAGCUUGCGAGAGCGACGCCGAAGAAAGCCAGCAGAAUGAGGAAGAUGAAGCAGAAGAAGAAGAAGAAAGUCAUGAGAAUGAAGAUGAAAGUAACACGAAUGACGAUGAUGAAGAAGAAGAAGACCUCGAGAAGGAUAAGAAGGACGACGAUGAGAGCGAUAAGGAAGACAAUGACGAAGGUGAAGAGAGCGAAGACGAUGACCAGACCGAGGAAAAGGACGAGGAGACUGACGAAGAAGCGGACGGCGGCGAGGAUACUGAAAAGGUCGACGGCGAAAACAGCGUUGAAGACAUGUCCGUCCUUGUUAACGGAAAUACUUGUGAGGACGUCGUCAUCGAUUUGACAGGAAUCGACACUUCUCAAGAAUCGCCAAUCGACACGUCGACAGAGGAUCCAAUGUCUUUUUGGCCUUCGCUUUCUACACUGGAUGAAGAAACGACACAUUCUUCUCCUGCGAGUCAUUCUACACCCAAGCGAACGGAAGUAUCGACUCAAACUACCGAGAAACCUAAGACACCGCCAACUGGCCGAGUUUUGGCCGAUACUCGAUUUCUUGAUGGUCCUUGCGAACACAAUUUGCCCAAGGUCAAAUUCAACGGCGCCGAGUUUGAAAAUAUGGUGAUGAAUGUGCAGGACAAGCGACUUAUCGAUCAGCACAUUCUCAACAUUGUCGAACACGAAUCAGCCCUUUUCGAUGAAGGUCGUGAUCAACCACCACCACCACCACCGCCUGAGCCUCUUCAAAAGAUCGAGCUAGAUCGCGCGGAGCUGGUGAUGAUCAUUCGGCGGAGUAUUCUGUCGCUGAGUGGCAUUCGACCAACAAUGGGAAAGACUCCUCUUGGAUUGUUUCUUCAGUCCUUCUCUCGGCAUAUCGACGAAUUCGAAAUUCGCGAUGUUUGCAAACCUUCGAAUCUCGAACUUUGUCAAAAUCCAGAGAGCGUAAAAUCAACUUCCGACUUUUGCGCUUUCGAUUAUGGGCCGGAUAAAGUCGCUUCCAGUCCUUACGUCGUAAAGUGGGAUGACACUGGAGCGUUUUUUCCCAUUUGGGAACAACUUGUCUGCGGAACCUUUGUCAUUCGCGAUCUUCGAGUCUGGGUGAAAUCGAACAAGAAAUGGAAGCUUCGAUCUUUGUUGGAGGACAAAUUCGAUCGUCCGAUGAGACUUGUUCGCGCAUUCAAUCGAAAGCCACUCCAUGUUUAUCCUUGGCCAACGACACGAGGUGAUAAAUUCAAGUACGGACGACAGCGUGGAACACUUCUCCUCGCCCUUGGAUUUUCUCCUUGCCUAGUGACUCCUCCCUACGCUGCUGAUGCCCGAUUCUUUUCUUCGGUUUUUACGACAAUCGGAGUUCAGCGUGAGUCCACUCAAGGCCCGACUGAAAAUCAGCUCAGCCAGGCAUACUCGAAGAUUGAGCGCACUGUGAUGAGAAUGCUUAUUCUCUACUCGCAACAUGCUUUUCUCCCAAAUGGCGAAGAGGAUGCAGAUGCACAACUUCGAACGAUGUUGACCAUUUUUCGCCGCUCUUUUGGAGAAGAGGCUGAAGACAGUGGCGAACAUGUGCCCAUUGAUCUUAAAGACGUCUCCUCCGCUAUGAAAGAAUCAAUGGGGGAAAUCUUCAAGCGAAUCAAUUUCGUUCCAGGCGGGCGUCUGAUGAAAAUGUACUAUCACGCCCUUUGCCAAGUCAAAUUCACGGAAAAUGAAACACUCAUGUCUUUGUUUGGCUGUCGAUACAUUCCGGCCCGACUCGUCCGACGCAACUCUCUCAGCGCGAUUGAUCUACCCGAUGUGGUCACGUGCUCGCCAGAAAUGACCGAAGCUCUUCGAAAGUUUUGGAUCCAAGCGAAUUCUGUAAAAUCUUUUGCCGCUGAAACAGAGGAUGCAUAA